AUGGUAGUUCCACGUCCUCCCUUCAAAGGACAGAACUGCCCCUCGUCUCCUUGCGACGAUAAUAUGAUGGAGGUUCCAGACUUCCAGGUGACUGGAAUACGACACUUUGUAUAUGCAGAGGCGUGGAAUUGCGAUUACACCAUCCGUUUUCAAGGAAAUGACCAACGAAAAUAA